AUGUCGUCCAAACGUAAACGUGUUGUGCUUAGUGUUUCUGAUAAACUUAAGAUAUUGGAGCAGUUAAAAAAAGGUGCUAGUGGAUCGAGUUUAGCUCGGGAAUAUGGAGUUGGAAAUGCGACGAUAUCUGACAUUAAAAAGAAAAGUGAAUCCAUCACAAAAUUUGCGCGUGUUCUCGACAGUGAAGAUGGGAGCCUACAUAGGAAAACCAUGAAAAUGGCGGAAAACCAAGACUUGGACACCGCAGUGUACACUUGGUUUAUGCAGGUACGUGGACAAGGACAACCAAUAAGUGGCCCUUUGCUUUGUGAAAAAGCCCUAGAAAUGAAUGCGAAACUUGGUGGUAACGCUGACUUUAAGGCAUCAACCGGCUGGUUGAAACGGUUUAAAUCUAGGCAUGGUAUUAGGGAGUUGGAUAUUCAAGGGGAAAAGCUGUCUGCUGACACUGAAGCAGGAGAAAAAUUCAAAGAUUCGUUUGCAAGUUUGCUCAGUGAGGAAGGCUACGAUGAUAACAAUGUCUAUAAUGCAGACGAAACAGGCCUAUAUUGGAAGAAAAUGCCAACAAAGUCCUUAGUUUCUAAGAAAGAGAUGUCAGCUCCUGGUUUUAAGGCAAGCAAGUCCCGCAUCACUGCAAUGGUGUGCGCUAAUAAAACUGGAACUCAUAGGCUACCUUUGCUUAUCAUUGGGAAAUCUAAGAACCCGAGGUGCUUUAAGGGAAUUGUAAAAUUACCACUCACCUACAAAAGCCAAAAGAACUCGUGGAUGGACACAAGCAUUUUUGUCGAAUGGUAUGAUACCGUAUUUAUACCGGAAGUUAAAAAGCAACACAUCGCAACUGGGAGCUCUGGAAAUGUUUUGCUAAUCAUCGAUAAUGCUCCAAGUCAUCCUUCCUCGAUGGACCUCGACAGAGAAGAUGGCAAGUUCAAGGUGGUUUUUUUGCCUCCAAAUGUAACCUCAGUUCUCCAACCGAUGGACCAAGGGGUAAUUGAGAGCUUUAAACGUUAUUACAGAAAAGCGUUGUUACGGAUGGUUCUGCUUGGGCAAGAAGAAGACAAACCCAUUCUUCAGCUCUAUAAAGCAAUAAACAUGAAGGAUGCUGUUUAUAUGGCUGCAGAAGCUUGGGACUGCGUCAAGGAGACCACACUGAAGAAAGCUUGGAAUAAGCUUUGCCCAACUGAGGCUGCUCCUACACCUGAAGAGCCCCCGACCCAAUUUGUGUCAGAACUGGUUGGCCUUAUAAACCAAUCUCCAGAAUUUGAAGAUUGCGAUCAAGACAAUAUUCAAGAGUGGCUUGAAUGUGAUGUAGAUGACCCUGGAUAUGAAGUGAUGACGGACGAUGAAAUCAUAGCUCACGUCCAAGAGAACGGCGAUGACGAUGAAGAAGAGGAUUAUGACAUCGACCUCCCUAAUGAAAACGGCCCAUCCCACGAUGAAGCCUUUCACUGCCUAGAGACUGCAAUGCUGUGGUUAGAGCAGCAAGAAGAAUGUGAUUCUGUUCAAUUGCUGUCUUUAAAACGACUGCGAGAUUUAGCAGCAAAAAAACGAGUGUCUGGACUAAAGCAAAAAUCUAUUUUGGACUUUUUUUAA